CCCCUCGUCGCGCUCUGACAUCUUCAAGCCCUCCACCAGCAUCUCCGUCUUCAUUCUCACCGGAAGUUCUUUGAUCCUCCCUAAUUGCGCCUGUCUGAUCUGCUCCUCUCUGGGUUUCUGAUUAGAAUAAAUCCCAUCCAGUCCGUCACCAUGAGUGCUUCUACGCUUCCAUACAUGAAGACGAGCCCAAAGCUCAUCUUCUUCACCGAUUUCGACGGAACUAUCACACUCGAAGACAGCAAUGAUGCUAUGAUUGAUAACCUUGGCUACGGGUAUGCAAAGCGUCGGCAAGGAAACGUGGCCGUUCUCGAAGGCACCAUGAGCUUUCGUGACGCUUUCCGUGAUAUGCUAGACAGCAUCAAGACCCCCUACAAUGAGUGCAUCGAGUACCUCAAGAAGCACAUGAAGCUGGAUCCUCACUUCGUGGAGUUCUACAAAUGGUCAAAGGAGAACAAUGUACCGAUCGUGGUGUUGUCCUCCGGGAUGGUCCCCGUCAUCAGCGCCCUGUUUGAGGAGUUCCUGGGUGGCAAACCGGACGACCACCUCUACAUUGUCGCCAAUGAGGUUGAGGGCCGUGAUGGAAAGGAUAUUAACACCGAAGGUGGCUGGCAGAUCAAAUACCAUGACGAUAGCCACUUCGGCCACGACAAGUCCUUGGAAAUCAAGCCGUACGCCGCACUGCCGGACAGUGUGCGCCCGACCUUAUUGUACGCAGGAGAUGGUGUGUCUGAUUUAUCCGCCGCCGCAGAGACUGAUCUUCUGUUUGCCAAGAAGGACAAGGACUUGGUGACAUUCUGCGAGCGCGAGAAAAUCCCGUUCACCCUCUUUGAAAGCUGGGAGACCAUUCUGUCUACGACCCAAGAUAUUCUGGGUGGCAAGGUCUCCGUCAAGACAGUGGCUCAGGAUGGACUGGAGGCGGUCCACCGGGGAGCGAACAAGGUCUAAUGCGCCGCACCAGGAACGGUAGUUAGCAGCGGCCUUUCAUACUGUUAGAUAUAGAUCGCUUGGGUAUAUACGCACCAGACACAUAGUUUAGAUAUCAUGUUAAGAUAGAGGAAUAUACGGAGUAUAGAACUCCGGAUACCACCGG